AUAUCUUCCAUCAGAAGGGCCAAACCCAAAGCCACGCGAGCAUAUCCAGAUCUUCGAUCAGACAGGCUAAAACCAUUUCAAUACAGAACAUUCAUGGGAAACGUUAUCCGAAGGCAUCCGUUUCGCUGCCGUGCUUGCCGCUCUCCAGAUUAGCUGUUUACAGAGGCACCAUGUCGACCUCCCUUCUCCUUUCUUCGGGAUGCAAAUUUGCUAAGAAGGUUACUCCCCACCAUUGUAUAUUGGAUAGGCAUACAAGUUAUCCUCUGAAAGUGCAGUGUAAAACCAGGGACAAUGGAACUGUGGGUCGAGUAAAGUGCGGAAAACAGUCUGCUCUUGUCUCUCGGAGGGAUGCAUUUGGUUUUUUUCUCUUAUUAGCUGGUCUGGGUAACCAAACUCUGGAUGCUGUUGGUGCUGGAUUGCCUCCAGAAGAGAAGCCAAAACUAUGUGAUGAUGCAUGUGAAAAAGAGCUUGAAAAUGUACCUAUGGUAACUACUGAGUCUGGUCUACAAUAUAAGGACAUUAAGAUAGGCUCUGGCCCCAGUCCACCUGUUGGCUUUCAGGUUGCAGCAAAUUAUGUGGCCAUGGUACCAUCAGGCCAGAUAUUUGAUAGUUCAUUGGAGAAAGGGCUACCUUAUCUCUUCCGCGUUGGUUCUGGCCAGGUAAUCAAGGGGCUGGAUGAAGGCAUUUUGACUAUGAAAAUUGGAGGGAAGCGCCGCUUGUAUAUUCCUGGAUCUUUGGCUUUCCCGAAAGGCCUAAGUUCAGCUCCAGGUAGGCCUAGAGUAGCCCCCAGCAGCCCAGUAAUUUUUGAUGUUAGCUUGGAAUAUGUGCCUGGUCUUGAAGCUGAAGAAGAGUAGAUGUGAAGGGCUUCAGCUUCCAUUUUGUGUAAAAUCCACACUAACUUGCAGCGGUUGUCCAUAUCCAUUUCAUUCUGGAAUAAUAUUACUUUGUCCACCAUUUGGUUCGUCA